CAGCGCGAUCAGCAGAGCAUGACACUUUUAAUUGAAGCGCAUAUUUGUCGUUCUUUCGCCGCGGCAGUUUGGAUCGUAGCCAAGAUGUGUCAUUGACCGAGAGAGGACUGCCAUUUCACCUUAGGCAGAGCAUCAAAGUGAGAGGAGGGGGGUGAAGACAGAUACAGUAAAGAGACGGAGAGGGUUAUCUGCGAGGAGGGCACUUUGGUUGGUUUCAACUUCUUCUGAUGGGAGAUCAGCUGGCAGGAGAAGCCUGAACACACAAGUGGAGGAUUCCUGAAACACGUGGAGAUGCUGUUAGGUGCGCUGUCCCAGAGCCAGGUCCACCCGCUGCUGGGCUCCCUGCCGAUGCCGGGUCGACCCCUUCAGCCGCAGACUCAUGCCCAGCUGGAGCAUUUCCUGCCGCUGCGGGUCAACGGAUCCUCGCCGCUCAGCCUCUUCCCCAAUUUCAACACGAUGGACCCGGUGCAGAAGGCGGUGAUCAACCACACCUUUGGCGUCGCUCCACCCAAGAAGAAACCCAUCAUCUCCUGCAACAUCUGUCACCUGCGCUUCAACUCUACCACCCAGGCAGAGGCCCACUACAAAGGUCACAAGCAUGCUCGCAAGCUAAAGGCCUUGGAGACCCAGAGGAAUCGGCAGAAGAACGGACACAGUCAAUCCGCGACGGGGAAAGACAGGGACAGGGAGAGGGGGAUGAUGGGAGGAGCAACGGUGGCGACCGACUCACAGCUGAAAGACAAAACAGGCCCAAGCACUUCAUCUCAGCAGCAACUUGAAAACAGCCAGGGGAGCUCACAAGCAGCUACUCCUCCUCCACAAACUUCAUCCGCCGACUCCUCCUCCUCCUCCUCCUCUUCCUCCUCCUCCUCCUCCUCCUCACUCCACUCUGCCAACCUGUCACCACAAGUCUCCCCUGGCUCUCAAAUUUCCGAUGUACCUUCGAACAGUCCACAGGUGGAAGGGUGCAGCCCGGCCAGUAGUUCAGCGCCACAAUCUGACCCUCAGGGAAGCUCCACAGGAGGCGAGGAGGAGCCGGUGCAGGUGGAAGAGGUGAAGGAGGCCAAGAGCAACAAAAAACAUCUUCACUGUCCUACAUGCAAAGUGACGGUCAAUUCCAGCUCCCAGCUGGAGGCUCAUUGUAGCGGCUCUAAGCACAAACAGAUGCUGGACGGUCAGAACAGCAGCCAGUCGCAACGCAGGGUCAAGAUUACAUCAUCGCCCAGACCGGCCUGUCGAAUUAAGCAGCGGAUGGGCAGCAAGACCAGAGCGGUUGUUCGUGUAACCAACCAGCCCUUUCACUGUGAACUGUGCCAGGUGUCCGUCAACUCAGAGACGCAGCUGAAACAGCACAUGAACAGCAGGAGACACAAAGAGCGUUUGGCUGGGAAGCCUGUCAAAGCGAAGUUCACUCCCUAUAAUAAACUACAACCCAAUGCUGUCUUAGCGACUAAACUGGCCUUGCAGAAGCAGCUGUCCAAGGCCCUGCCGGCAGGGUUCCUGACCAGCCCCCUCAAUCCAGCUGCCUUGUGCACCAUGGCGUCUGGACCACUGGCACUACGGCUGCCUCCAGGCCCCACAGCCAUCAUCCAGGGUCCACUGAUCAGCCCCACGCUCUUCAGGCCUGCCCCAGGACCUCUGAGGGCCACACAUGCACCUAUUAUCUUCUCUCCAUACUAGCAAUGAGCCCGAGGCUGGAGGACCCACAGCGGAGUGGGCCCAGCCUAGCCGAAGCCGGACUAGCAGAAGAGGUUGGCUGCUGAGGACAAAUCACAGGACCCCUUGAGUGACACCAGGACACUAUGCAGUGACAGUGAGGGCAGCGUAUCAGCAUGUCAAGUUUGACAGGUUCAAGUCAUAUGAACACGACGCACAAUCCCCUGGUGUGGAUUGAGAUUCCAGCGCUGACUGAGCAGCGUGUCACCCGUCGCUCAGCUGUUUCCUCUCAGCAAACUGCUGAGUGCAUGUUCCCUGGGGUCUGGACCCCUCUGGAAGCCAUAAUAACGAGCAUCUUCUAGUUUUAUUUAUAAGACAAUAAUAAACUAAUACACUAGGGUGUUUAAAUGUUAUUAAGUGUUUGUUGCCAAAAAAAAAAUUUCUUUCAUUUUGAGAGCUUUCUAGUUGUAUUCUUGGAAGACGAGGAAAAACCCGUCGUCCCUUCUUUAGUUUUCAGAACCAACUUGUGUUAAUCUCCCGUAAAACUGGCCUCCACCUGUGAAAAAGACUAUGAAGGUCCUUAACUUUGUAUUUUUGAGCUUACUGUAUCUGAAGAAGACGUUAAAUCUUUACAGCCAUGACGUGGAUUCCUUUGGUUUGUCAUAUAUUUUACAUAAAUCCAUUGAUUUUGUUCCUCUGUCGGUUCCCCUGUCUUUUUCUCUUGCUCUCUGUGUAAUGAGGUGACAAUCAAGCAUUGCUCUGACAUGAAUGAAGACUUACUAUAUGGAAAUAGAAUACAUCUAAUGAGAUAUAAUAGAGUCAUACUUUUAAAAACCUGUAUUUCUUUGACAUCAGACAUUAUAAUAUGUUUAUCAGGUGAUGCUAGAUAGAGUAAUAGGGGAUAGCGCUUUACUUUAAGUCACCUGAGCAGUAUAUAAACAUGUAAUAAAUGGUUUAUAGCACACAUCAAUCUAACUUUAUUGACAAUUAUAGUUCAUACAGAGAAAAGUAAUGAAAAUAUAGUAAAACACAGAUGUAAUAAUAUAAAAUGUCUUCACAGGACAAGUCAGAAUUUAAAAUGUUCUAUCUGCCUUAAGCUUAACAACAUUAUUGUCAUGUUUGUAUGCUGCUUAGAAAAGCUAAAUAGAGGGACUUAAAGUAAAGUGUUUCCAGUACGGUAAGAUUACGAAACAGCUUGAUGCUGUUUGUGCAAUAUGAAGACACAGGUUGAUGUGUGCUGCUCAUCAACAUCGAUACACUUUUAAAUGUGUCUUUCACAUCAUUAGAACUGCUAUUUUUUUUUUUAUAGUGUGUAAUAAAAACAACGUUCCUUCAUGAUAGAAAUCUCUCUCUCCCACAUGGCCGUGCUGAAUCACCCUAAGCAAUAUGUACUUUUGAAGUGUCACCUGGUAAAAUUAAUGACUAGUGUAACUGUGCAUCAAUUGCAAUAAUGUAAAUUAAUAUGUGGUAAAAAUGUUGAUACUGUAUUCUAAAUGAACUUAUAAAUAUUCCUGGUUUUUA